GCGUGAAAGGAGGCGGUGCUAUGCUAUGAUAUAAACAAUCCCUGGUUUUUGGGGGCUUUUUUCUCUUACCUUUAAUCUCGCUUCUUGGUUUCGGGUUAGGUGCUUUUACUAUAUAUAUUAUUCUAAUUGUUAGUGUCUAAGGGGGUUACUUUUUUUUAUCUGUAUGGUUUUUGGUCUCGACUUUUAGGUUCUUGAGGACACGGCCGUCUGUCGAAUAUGAGGGCGGCUGUGCGUCGGGUGUCUGCCUUUGGGGCGAUGAUGAGACGGCCCAUUGGCGUGCUAGGGUCGAGGCUGUAUACCAAUUCGCCGGUGGUGGGUCAGUCGCGCAUUGUUUGUGGUGUUUUGGCUGGGAGACAGGGUCGGAGGGCUUUGGGGUAUGAUUUUCCCGUGCUUCUGCAGGCGCGGCGAUUUGCGCAUUGGGAUCCUAUCCAGGAGGACAGGAAGGAGACGAGGGAUGAGCUGGAGAGGCUUGAGAUUAGGGAGAAGGACCGGCAACAGAGUACUAAGAGUGAAGAUGGGGAGCAGGACUCGCAGUCGAAUCUUGCGAAUGCAAUGUCGAAAGGGAAAUUGUUGACGACGCCGUCGAGACUCUUCAAGGUGCUUAUUCCGUUACCUACUGCUAGUCAUAAUAGUAAGCAUGAUGACAUUGAGCCGAUAGCUAUCUUGAUCCAUCCCCAGCAGCCGUUAUCCUACCUCGAACGCCUCAUUCAGGAUGAGAUUCCCCCGAUUUCAAUCGAUGGUGCGAAGCCAAGGCCGCCUGCUGUCUCUUUUAUUGCACUUCAGAUGGACGAUAACCCUGUCAAGCCUAAUAAAUCGAUGUAUGAGACGACCGACACUGAGGUGCACCGCCUGGGGGAAAUUGGGGCAGGACAUGAAGCUAAGCAACGAAGACGUCGACCGGACGAGGAGGAUGACACAUACAGCUAUCUUCGACGUGGUGAGCCUGGCAAGAGCAACAGCGAGGAACGCUUCGUCCGCUGGUCCCAGUCCACCGAGAUUGGCGACUUUGUCCGCGAUGCCUCCCGGGCUCGAGAAUUCAUCGUCAGUAUCGAAGGGGGUCCGGCUGGUCUGCGCCAGAUUCAUGUAACUGUUCCUUCCUUCAAUCAGCGGACACACUUCUUAAGAAUGCGGCUGCGGAAGAUCUCCGGAAGGAUUCAGAGCAUCGCGGAGAUCAAGCACGAGUGUGAUGCCUUGGCACACCGGGGAGCACAGCGCGUAGCCGUGGGAGGGUUCGGUAUUCUCUCCAUGUGGUGGUACCUCGUGUACAAGUUGACGUUUGAGACGGACCUGGGCUGGGACACGAUGGAACCGGUGACGUAUCUGGUCAGUUUGUCAACUCUGAUGGGGGGCUACUUGUGGUUCCUCUAUCACAACCGGGAAAUAUCAUAUAAGUCAGCGCUCGACUUUACGAUUAACGCGCGACAGAAGAAGCUGUAUGAGAGGAAGGGGGUAGACCUCCAUGAGUGGGAGUCACUGAUCGAUGAAGGGAAUUUAUUACGAAGAGAAAUCAAAACUAUUGCAGCAGAAUACGACGUUGUGUGGGAUGAAAAGAAGGACGAGCGAGAUGAACGCGUGACGGAAGCUUUAAGAAAGGAGCGAACGCAAAAGAACGGAUCGAAUCGAGAGAAAGAAAACGAGGACGAUGAUUAAGGAUUGUGUUACAUGCACAUCAAAGCUGCAUAUCCUCCGUACUCCUUGUCUACCCAUUUCGCACCGGAUCAUAGUACUUCGUCGGCGGCGCAUCUUCUUCCUGCUUCUUCGUCUUAGAGCCUUGACCUGCGACCCGUUAGUAUACCAGGCAAAAUAUCCAAACAUCAGCCCUACACACCAUGAUCGUCCCCCUUUCGCCGAUUGCGAUUAUUCCGCACAUCCCUCGACCGAAACACACUAUACAACAACCACCCCGCCACCCAAUUCGGACCGUACUCACCGGCCGUGGCGCCGCGAGCGAAGAAAGGACGGGUCAAGGGCCCAGCAUUCUGUGCGAUUUCGAUGAUGCCCCACCGUUGACGCUCGGGACGGAUAUGAUGCCAGAAGAAGGGCGGCCGAGUAGACGGGUCAUUCGCUACGCUGUCGAGGAGAUGCGAGGUAUCUUCGUUGAGGCGAUUGUAGACGAUGAUCGCUUCGUCCUGUUCCUAUCAAUCAUCCAUUGUACAAUACAGCAUUCGAUAGAUGUAGAUG